AUGAAGAAGUCUGGCAUCCCGGAUGCCUGGGACGACGAUUGGGAAGCCCAGGCGGACAGAAGGGCCGUGGAAGACGACGAGAACCACCAGCAGGGUGGUGUUUCCCUCCAGGCCGCGCAGCCCUUGACGAAAGCCGAGCGCAUCACGCGGCAUGAAGAGGCGAAUCGAAAGAUGUGGGAGUCUGCAGACGCGACUCCCCAGACAUUCCACUACCUCGAAGCCAGCAACACUGUCCCCCUAACGUCCACAUUCAAGCCCCAAGUCAAGGUGCUUAGCCGCAAACCCAUGAUUGCCAAACGUGAUGCCACAACGGGCAUGUCACAGCUCUCAAUGGACGACGACGACAGCGAAAAGGACGCAAAACAGCCCCAGCCUACCGCCGAGGAGAUCCGGGCCAAGCAGAAGCGUGACCUGGAGGAGAAGCAGAGGCGGUAUGACGAGGCGCGUGCCAAGAUUUUUGGGGAGUCGAACCCGUCAAGUAGGGGAUCCUCUCCGGGGACAGUGACGCCGCCCCGGGGGGAGAGUAGACAUUCUGGAAGGGGCCGUGGGCGAGGGGGAGGAGGAGGGCAGCGAAGUAAUGGUGGUACUACGAAUGACGGCGGGAGACUGCCGGAUAUUAGGAGGGUGAACAAUCAAGCCGCAUCAGGUAGGGAGCUGUACGACCCAAACUUGUCGCCAAAACCGGAUUCAAUGGCUCAGCGACGUGGGGGAGGGGAUAGCGACGGCGGAUCAGGCAGAGGCACGACAUUGAGGGAUGACCAGUACCAAUUUCAAGCACCGCAGCCACAGCCAGCUAUUCGAAUGCCGAGAGGACCCGACGGAACUGGCCGGGGGGGAUUUGGAUUUGCACGUCGCGGGGGGGAAGAGAGCUGA